AUGCUCACACCCCCUUCGGCACCCGUUAGUGGCUCUCAGUGGCGAGGCGCUCAAAUCACGCCCACUAAACGUCAGCUAAACACCCCCCGGCCCCUUACCUCAUCUAUCAAAUCCGUAGCUCCACCAUCACCCACUUGCGCGUUCGUGAGCCCGCAAACGCCAGAACAGCGUCGUCCGAAUAUCCCAUCGGCAACACUUGUCAUCUCAUCACCGCAUAAGGAACCGGGCGCUGACGAGUAUAAUUCGAGGCUAUUGCGUUUGGCGCGACGCCGGCCAACUUACGAACAACGAAAGACCAUGGCCGAUUUCCUCGCAAGCCUUGGUCUUGGCGCCGCGCAGACGCCCACCGCGUCAAGUAACUCGCAAUGCGAUUCGGUUGAGGAGCUCCAGCUCAAGCUACGAAGCAUUCUAGAUGCCAAGGCGACACCGAUACGGGCCGAACAUGUGGCUCUGACAAUCGAAUUGAGAGCCACGGUACGCUUCCAGUUGACUGUGUCCGAAUCAGAGAACGGGACUCUCGAGAGCCUAAAUAACAUCGAUCCGUCACUAGGAGGAGCGCAAUCUGUAGGAACGAAUGGCAAUCGGGAUGAAGGGCAGCUAUCGCGCGUGGUAUUCGCUAAUGACACGCUCAUGAACCAACCCCAAGACGACCCAACGCUCCAACGAUCCGUCGCAAAACAUAUCAUUUCAAUAAUCAGCUUAACCGAUGGGAGUACUUGGACCGUUCGAGAGGUGUCGCGCGGUACACAGGGCUGGACUUUUACGUAUUUGUGCAAGGACUCGUAUCAGCAAUGGACUCGACAAAAUGCAAAGAGCCAAACGAAAACAAUAGUAGGAGAGUUCAGUCAGAGAGAGCCUGACCCAGUUCUGCAUGGUCGGCCUGCUUUUGACUGUCGAGGAUCUAUCACGAUUGCCUUUAACCGUGGCAGUCGCUCCAUCACCGUGAAAUACGACCAUACCCCUUUGCACAAAACAGUUGCAGAGCUGGCCGCCCACUUCAAGCCUGCUCCACGUCAACUGGGACCAGGCGCGCAGAGACUUCUAGAACAGCAGCAAAAGGCAAAGGAGAAGACGCCGAGGAAACCUAGAGGCGAGAAGAAAGACAAGAAGGAGCGAAAGAAGCGGGAUUCUACAGUAAAGGCGCAAGAUGAGAAUGGUAAUCCCCGGAAACGAAAGAAGAAAAGUAACGGAGCAUCUCAACCAGCGGACUCAGCAGACGGGCCGAUGAUCCCUCCAGACUAUCCUGGGGCGCCAGCAAUCGAUGGGCAAAAUCAAGGGGAUCCAUUUUAUAUGAACGGCGGAGAAGCGUCUGGCAAUGCUGGGCAGCAAGGAUUCAACGAUUAUCCUCAAGGGUUGAUGGGGGACGCAACGACGAAUGGAACGUCGUCUCAGCAGGCAAACGGCCAGAUGGCUUCAGCUGCUUUCCCAGUCAAUGUCUCAGCAGCCGAAGCAGCACGUCGAAAAGAGGCAGCCACGACAAUGCUCAGCAACGCUGGUGUCGAUCCUACCACAUUGUCUCCUGAACAGUUUGGUAUCUUCGCCAACCAAGCACCAGAGUUGCAACGCGAGUCACUGAACAUGCUUGUCAAAUAUGGUGCAGAACGCCUCCGCAUUGUCCACCCCGGUAACAAGGAAGGCUCAACACAGGCAGGCUCUUCAACACAGAGCAGCCAGACUACUUCAACUGGACCUAGAACUACCAAAGAGCUAGUGCCGCAGUCAAGUGCUCAAAGCAACGCGAACACAGAUACUGAGACAGCAGUAGCUCAGGCUGCUGACGACACUUCCACUCCUAAGCGUAAGAGGAAGAAGAUGGCCAAGUCGAGAACAGCCUGUUUCCCAUUGCCCGAGGGAGAGACCAACCUGCACCGAAUGGCAACAAAACCCAAGAAGUCUGAGGCAAUCGUUGUUGAUGACGGUGACGAUGAUGGUGACGAAGAGGAUGAAGAGGUAGAGCAGCAGGAAGAUGCCGAGGGAGAAGGUUCUGAACAGGAAGAUGACGAACAACAAGACACUUCACAGGACUACUCAUAUCCUCAGAUGAAUAUUGGAAACAUGGUCACCAACACUGAUGCAACAACUCAAGAUACCCAGUCCACACAGGGCAGCUACUACCAGCCUGCUUCCGGGCUAGUUCUUCCUCAGCCAGACCCUUACUCGACCAGUUCGCAAGCAAUGAGCACAUCGGUAUCGCAGAGAGGUAACUACUCUCAUAACAUACCAGAAGUGACACAACCCAUGGUCCACCCGGCUCCUCCCAUCCCAGCUCCUGCUGGUACGAUCGCUCCCUCUGAAACAAGGCGAUGGAACGCCUUUGGUAGCGGUAGUGUCAGUGGAAGUAGCACCACCAGCAAGACCCGAAGAAGUCUUCCGUCCGAGCCCAGCCAAGCCAAUGCGCAAAACAUACCUGCAAACCCACAGCCAUCAGACUGGGCUCAAACUUCCACCACGACCACGCCUGCAACAACAAUGGCAUCCGUCUCCCCGCAGAUGACAUACGACACACACUCAAGUGGGAGGACUCGACAGAAGAACCAGGGCCUAACGAAUGAUACUCCUAAACAAGCUGCAGUGCCCAACACGGUCAUGCAGCAGGCUCAGGCACGCCAAUCGCCCGUCGCUGCGGCAGCCAUGAUGGCACAGACCCGUAAAUCCCCUUAUCAACAAGCCGCGGUUCCUCGCACGACCUCUAGAGCAAGCCAGCGAAACCCGUCUCGCACACCUGUAACUGACCAGGCACGAGGCUAUCAGCCUCCUUCUGACAUGGCUCAGCAGCAGAACACACGAAGCAGCAAUCAUUAUGAUACAUCGCACAUGUCCAGUGGUUCUGGCUAUAAUGACUAUGGGCGUUACAGCAGCACUAGCACCAGCGGAAGCCAUCAACCACCGACCACCAUGAGCACAAGUUACCAGACUACUUCUUCCACUGCAAACCAGUGGUCUAAUUCUUCGAGUCGAAACGAUCGCUUAUAUGGCACUAACCCAUCGUAUCAAACACCUAAUAUUUACGCACAGACAACAGUGUCUAAGCCAACAGCAGCAUCCCGCCAGAACUUUAACAUGCGUUCAAGCACACAACAGCAUACUCGUGCUAGCAGUGGCUCAUAUAACCAGCAGCAACCACAACAACAACAGCAGCAGCAGCAGCAGCAGCAGCAGGAGGGUUACGCAUCAUACUCUGGAUCUACACACCAAAGCCAACAGGCUCAGACAUCAAACCAGCAACAGCCGCCUAGCUGGUACUUCCAAAACUCGCACAAUGCUUCUGUUCAUCCUGGAGGCCAGUCAUCUGGCUAUAACUAUGAGCCAUGGUCAGGCGUCUAG